AUGGCGAGCUCCCCCAGCAAGUCCCUAUGUGCUACAUUCGACGACGACGCACAAAUGAAGAUCACAGUAAACCUGGGCGGAUACACCACACAGGUCCUGAUAGACUCAGGAGCCCAAGGAAACUUUAUCGCACCCCGAAUAGUGCAACAGCGAGAAAUACCAUGGAAUCAGAAGCAAAACCCUUACCGACUAAGGAAUGUAGAAGGGAAAGAAGUCGAGUAUGGCGGAGGCAGCAUUGAUCAGGAGACAGCGCAACUCCCUUUGCUCUACCAUGGCCAUCAGGAGCUUAUCAGCCUCGACAUCACGGAGAUAGGAAACCACGACGUUAUCCUCGGAAUUCCAUGGCUACGAAGACAUAACCCACAAAUCGAUUAG